AUGCCUUGCUUGCGUAAACGUGUCCUGGAUUUGCCAAUUCCAAAAGUACCUGAAUUGGGCUUAAGAUCAUCUAUGGUACAUAACGGUGCGUCUCAGCGAACUCUCUCGCCGCGGAACAUCACCUACUGUACGGAAGGUGAUGGAGGCGCAACUACAACAGUGCCGGAAAGUACAGUACUGCCAGCGAAGACAUCAAAUUUAUCAAUGGUUGCAUCAGAAUCAUCAGAGGAACACAACGAUGAACUGGAUACGACUGCUAAUUUAGAAGUUGUUCUGUUUCGGCGUUUGUAA